GCUGCUUCCACGUCCAGGUUCUUCUGAGCCUCGCUUUCCUCUUCUCUGCUCUGCAUCUUCCAACGUAACUGUGACUCCAGGCCCACAAUGGACGCCCUGCAGCUGGCAAACUCGGCUUUCGCAGUCGACCUCUUCAAACAGCUGUGUGAACAGGAGCCGGCGGGCAAUGUCCUGUUCUCUCCCAUCUGUCUCUCCACCUCCCUGUCCCUAGUUCAAGUAGGAGCCAAAGGUGACACAGCCAAUGAAAUCGGACAGGUCUUUCAUUUUGAAAAUGUCAAAGAUGUGCCCUUUGGAUUUCAAACAGUAACAUCAGAUGUGAACAAACUUAGUUCCUUCUACUCGCUGAAACUGAUCAAACGGCUCUAUGUAGACAAGUCCCUGAAUCCUUCCACAGAGUUCAUAAGUUCCACAAAGAGACCCUAUGCAAAGGAAAUGGAAACUGUUGACUUCAAAGAUAAACUGGAAGAAACGAAAGGUCAGAUCAACAACUCAAUUAAGGAUCUCACGGACGGCCGCUUUGAGGACAUUUUAUCCACCAACAAUGUGAAUGACCAGACCAAACUCCUCGUGGUCAAUGCUGCCUACUUCAUUGGGAAGUGGAUGAAGAAAUUCCCUGAAUCGGAAACCAGAGAAUGCCCUUUCCGCGUCAACAAGACGGACACCAGGCCGGUGCAGAUGAUGAGCCUGGAAGCCACCUUCUGCAUGGGCAACAUUGAAGGCAUCAACUGCAAGAUCAUAGAGCUCCCCUUUCAAAACAAGCACCUCAGCAUGCUCAUCCUGCUGCCCAAGGACCUGGAGGACGAGUCCACGGGUCUGGAGAAGGCUGAAAAAGAACUCACGUCAGAGACGCUCUUGCAGUGGACCAACCCGAGCACCAUGGCCAACACCAAAGUCAAACUCUCCCUUCCCAAAUUCAAGGUGGAAAAGACGGUCGAUCCCAAGGCUAGUCUGGAAAACCUAGGCCUGAAAAGUACCUUUAAUGAGAACACCUCUGAUUUCUCAGGAAUGUCAGAGGUCAAGGGCACGGCCCUGUCCCAGGUCAUUCACAGAGUGUGCUUAGAAAUCACCGAAGAGGGCGGGGACUCCAUCGAGGUGCCGGGGUCGCGGAUCCUACAGCACAAAGACGAGUUCAAUGCCGACCAUCCGUUCAUUUACAUCAUCAGGCACAACAAAACGCGAAACGUCAUUUUCUUUGGCAAGUUCUGCUCUCCCUAAGGGGCAGAGCUCAGGUUCAGUCCCACCUACUCUGUAAACCCUGCACCUAGAGAAUACUUUCUAUACAUGAUACAUUGUUAUUAACUCUGCUGAAUGAGCAACACCCUGGCACCUGUCCUGGGUGGCCGUCACGUUAACGGGCUCGUUCCCCAAUCUGUUCUUUCAGGCCCCCUUCCCACCCCUCAGAGACAAUGCUUCCAAAGAAAACAAAAUAGGCAUUCAUUAUUCGUCACAUCGCUAGGGCUAUGGGCAGAAACACAGUCUUUCUCAGAAAAAAAUCCUAUAAGGGGGACCUGCAGGACUGCAUUCCCAGAGCCUUGCCUGCCCUUGUUGAGAUACGGGAUGUUCCAGACCUACUGACCUCCCAGAAGGAUGGAAGGAACUGUGGUUCAGGGCGUCUGCCAGAGUUUUCUCGUUCCCCUGAAACUCGGGCACACGUUUGGCUUACUGCAGGUCCCCACAAACGUGGGGCAAAUGUACGCCCUGACUUUUUUGGCUUUGAGAAAGAUAACACUACCUUGUGCAGCCCGUGUCUUACGGAAGUCCUCGGAAAGGGUCUGGAGCCACACCCUGCCUGUCAGUCCACACCUUGAUAUUUCUGCCGUAAAAUGUAGAAAAUGGACGCGAAGUGGACGAAGACUCUAAGCAGCUCCGUAAGUGCCAGGUUUUGCUGGCAAGUGUGUAUGCCACCAGCUCCAGAACGGGCUUUGUUUUCAGAACUUUCUGAGAUCUUGAAAUGCUGAACAAGGAAUGGCAGACUUGCUGUAGCCGGGGUGCUGCCCUCAAAGGGGGAGCUCCAGUCUGAUUAAACAUUUACGUUCACUUUGAAUAGAAUGACCCCCUGGUCCCGGGGUUGGGGACGGACUGCUGGGUGGGGCCUCCAACUGACCCGACAAGGCCUCGGAUGUUUGACAACCGGGGCCUUAAAGCGCAGGCACUCUCGUGGUAGGUGGCCGAUGAAAGAAUUCUGUGACUGUUGAAUGUCUUUGUCUACUGUGGCGGGGAGGGAGUGGAACUUACACCUUUAGAAAAUAUAACUGGGGCCCCUGAAGCGCUCCCACUGCUUUGACACACACUCUCCCCAAGCCCGUGGGGUCGGUAACUUGCAUUCAUGGUCGUGUUUAGCAUUGAUCUGAUAAGUCAUCCAUGUUACAAGUUCAUGGGUUAGUUCGUGAAGCACCACGGCACUGAAGAUUUUGUGGCGAAUCCUUCCUCACCUCUUCCCUGGUGUUCCUUGUAAACACGGUCAACUUUCUUCCUGCUCCUGAGGAUCAACAUUCCGUGUCUUUCAUGCUGUGGACAAUAAAAUAUUAUGGAACAACA